CAACACUACACAUAACAAUAGAGUAGAGUAAUAAGCAAACAACCGCAACAAAAAUAAGUAAUACCUGCCGCCACAAUAAAGCGAAAGAUCACUGCCGAGAUCGGCAUGUGGCAAAUAUUCGUGAAAGAAAAUAAUAUUCAAAAUAAAAAUGUUGUUAAAAAAAAAAUUUUGAAAAGAAAUUUGUAAAUAAAUAGAUUAAAAUUUAUCUGCCUGAAAAUAUAUUUAAAAUUCCUAAGUAAGAGCAAAUUAAGCGAAAAAUAAAACCUUAUUAUUAAUACCGAAAUUGAGGAAAACUUAGAAAACAAAAAAAAAAAAAAAAAAGGAAUAACAAAUAACCGAAAAUCGUUGUAAAUUAUUUUCAUUAAGCGAACAAAAAAAAAGGAAAACACGUUCCGCAAGAUUAUCAGUCAGUUGCAUGUUUUGUGUAAUUGAUGAGUCGAGCUAUUUGAUGUUUGCUUUUUCCUCCUUGCCCCCCUUCCCGUCCCAUCCGCACCAUUCUCUCCGUUGAAGCGAGCGGUGGUUACGUGUGCGUGUUUGAAAAGUUUCGGAAUUAUUGUUGCUUUUCAUAAAAUUGAAUAAUAUUAAUAACUAAAAAACAGUUAACUAAAAUAAAAAAACUAAACAAAAAUAAUAAAAAAUUUAUUAGAAAAAUAUUUGUUUCUAUUGCUUUCUAUGCUUUGUUAUCAGCUAUUAUACCAAACAAAACAAAAACUUAUUAUAAGCGGGCAGAAAAGCCGUAGUCGCUAAGCGAAUUUUCGAUACCCAUCGUUGCCUAAGCUAUGAGUGCGUGGAUGGAAAUAUUAAAUGCACAACAUCACCUCGAAACGUCGACAUCAACAAGUCGAGCAAUUGGCAGCAAUAAACGCCAUCGUCGUCAUAGAUCACGUGGCAAUAAGGUGUCGCGAAAUACGGUUCAUGCAACAAACGCGACUGCGAGAGUCCAUCUAACGACAGAUUUAUUCAAAAAGUUUAGCAAUAAAUUCCGCGCAAAUAGCACAGAGUCAGUACGAUAUGCGGCCUUAGAACAAGCAGAUCCAGAGGCCGCUCUCAAUACGUUAAGCUCAAGUAGCGAAGAGGAUCUAUUCAUUCCUCGACUACGUCAGUAUAACAACAAUCAACGGAAUAUGUCACGCAAUAAAGGCAAUAAUUAUUCGAUGCGUGAGAAUUUCGAAAACACUUUCCAGAAUUUAGUGUAUUCACCACAAAAAGUACGUCGCGUACGUAUAAUUCUGAGUAUCGUUGCCGUUCUAGUGGUAAUAGCUUUAUUGGCUAUCAUUGUAACAUUUUUAAUACGUGGCAGUAAUGACGCCGCUGAGGCAGUUCCGCCCCGCAACAGCAUACAAUUAGAUGAUAUAUUACAAAGCAAAUUGGUGGCUCGUCAUUUCAACGGAAGUUGGUCAAGAGGCAGUAAUAUUUUAUACAGAGAAAACAAUAUUAUUAAGGAGUUUAAUGUAAAAACGAAACAGAAAACCAAAUUAUUGGUCGAUGAUCCCCAACAUUACCUUCUGUAUGAGAAAUCUGCCGAUGGCCAGCUAUUGUUAUUGGCGAAGAAUGUAAAAAAGAAUUUUCGCCAUAGUUUUGUGGCCGAAUACGACAUAUACAAUAUUACCUCCGGUCACAUGCAACCAUUGCUUUUGCAAAAUGAACAAAAAGCAUUGAUUAUGGUUCAAUGGUCACCUGUGGGCAAUGCAUUGGUUAUUAAUUUUGAGGGAAAUUUAUAUUAUAAACCAAACAUUAGUGCCGAUGAAAUUUCAUUAACGCACGAUACAAAUCCUGCAGUUUUAAAUGGUAUACCCGAUUGGGUUUACGAAGAGGAGGUAUUCUCCUCAAAUACAGCCACCUGGUUUAGUCCGGACGGUAAAAAUUUAGCAUAUAUUCAAUUCGAUGACUCACCAACGCAUGUCGUCAAUCUGCCUAUUUACGGUGAGGCGAGCGAUUUACGUUUUCAAUAUCCGUACAAUCGUUUAAUUGCAUAUCCAAAAUCUGGUUCGCCGAAUCCCCGUGUUAAAUUGUUUACGGCGGACUUAAUAAGAGCGGCCAGCGGUACCGGUGACUACAUCACAGAAAUUCCGGUACCGAGUGCUUUAAACACUGCAAGCGAUUUUAUAAUUAGCGUUGUUGAAUGGGUUAACAAUUCGAAUGUAUUAUCGGUUUGGCUCAAUCGUAUACAAAAUGCUGCUCAUGUGCAAAUUUUUAACGGACUUAGAAGGCACGAGAUUUACAGCUUAGAAUCAAAAACUGGUUGGGUUGAUUUUUUCUCAGCGCCAUUUAAAAAUCGCGACGGUUCACGCAUUGCUCUAAUACUGCCUCAAACACAAGAUGACCAAGGGGAUUAUCGUCAUUUGUGUUUACUCCCUACAACUGCAACGAAUAAUCAACCUGAAGCUUUAACCAAAGGCAAAUAUGUAGUGACCUCAAUACUACACUGGGAUACCAGUAAUGAUGUGAUAUUUUAUACAGCUAAUACGGAACAACAUCCGGAACAAUUGCAUGUUUAUGCUAUAAAGGCCAUCAAAGGACAAGCGGCGAAAUGUCUAACUUGUAAAUUACAUCAGUCAGGAAAUGUUGAACAAAAUUAUUAUACGGCCAAUUUUAAUACCGAGAAUCAUGUAGUUAUUACUUCGCUGGGUCCGGGCAUACCUAUGGUGGCCGUUUAUGAGUGGUCUCUUGAAAAUAAUCAAGUUAGUUUAGGCAAAAUGUUAAAAUGGGAAUUUAAUGAGAAUUUGGCCAACAAAUUGGCCACAUAUGAUCUGCCCGUACAAGAAAUACAUAACAUUCCCAUAGCUAAUGGUUUCACUGCCAAGGUUCUGCUGCAAUUACCGCCGAACAUGGAUCGCAGCGGCAAAACGAAAUAUCCCUUAUUAGUUGAUGUUUACGGUGGACCAGAUUCUUAUUCAGUUGUCAAUAAAUGGAUUAUUGAUUGGGGUAGUUAUCUAUCCUCUAAUCGUUCGGUAAUUUAUGCUAAAAUCGAUGGCAGGGGCUCAGGUCUAAGGGGGGAGAAGCUUCUACAUUCCGUUUAUUUAAAAUUAGGUACUGUUGAAAUAACCGAUCAAAUUGAGGUGACGAGACAAUUACAACAGAAAUUUCCUUUCAUUGAUGCCAAACAUACCGGUAUUUGGGGAUGGAGUUACGGUGGUUAUGCAGCAGCUAUGGCUUUAACAAAUGAUGAUCACAAAGUUUUUCGAUGUGCAGCAUCAAUAGCUCCCGUCACAGAUUGGGUUUAUUACGACUCCAUUUACACUGAACGAUACAUGAGUUUGCCUAUACUUAACGAGAUCGGCUAUCAAAAUAGUCGUCUCAGUACAAAAGCAUUGCAAUUAAAGGGCAGAAAGUACCUUUUAGUUCACGGAACUUUAGACGACAACGUUCAUUAUCAACAGGCGAUGAUAUUGGCCAAAAACUUGGAAAGAAAUGAUAUACUGUUCAAGCAAAUUAGUUAUCCUGAUGAAGAUCAUGCUUUGGGGGGCGUACGGCCACAUCUAUAUCAUUCAUUGGAUCGCUUCUUUGGCGAUUGCUUCGCUAAUAAGCAAAUGGCUUCUAGCAAAUAGAUCUCAAAUUUAUUUUCCCAAAAAAAAUUUUAAAUCAAUACUGAAGAGCAGAAGUUUCUUUGUUGCCGCGUUAGAUAUUUAAUUUAUAAAACCCUUAUUAGAGAAAAUCAGAAGCGCAUGCAUACAAUUUACGCUUUGGUAAGAAAUUAUUGAAUUAUUUUACAAAAAAGCGCAAAACAGGUUCAAAAAUAUUUUGCAUUUAAUAAACACAAACAAUAUAAAACGUAUAUAUAUACAUAUAUAUGUAUACGAAACUUUGCAAACCUGUCAUUAUGUCAAACAUAACCUCAAAAAUUUAUAAAGAAGAACAAUAAUUAAAAAAAAAAAAUUAUAAUAAUAAUAAUAAUAAUAAAUAUUUGUAGGAUUUUUUGAUAAAAAAAAAAAGAAGAGAACACAAACUUUUAAAACAAUUUAAUGAGAAAUUUACAAGGAUUUUCAGUAGAAGCUUAGCCUCAACAAAAACGCAACUCUGUUAAUGUUUAGCUAUACAUAACCCUACAAAAAACACCAGCAAAAAUUUAUUUCAAUAGACAAACCAAAUUUUUAAGUCGCAUUACAAUUUUUUUGAUAAAAGAAGUUAAUUGAACUCCUUAAAAUGUAGUUGGUGCCUAAUUAGAUUUUAAAAUGGAUAAAUAAAAAAAGUCUUAGAAAAUUUUAUACAAAACUCGUAAAAGGUCAGCAAAUAAUUUCAUGCUCCCUGUGUUAAAGCUACAAAAAUAAAUAAAUAAAUAAAUAA